UGGCCCCGCCCCUAAGUGACGCAUGCGUGGAGGAUAUGUUCUUCGCAGCAAAGUCCUCCUUUACUCCACACACGCUUCUAAGCCUCGGCACAUCUACUAACUACACUUUAUUCAUCCUCCGUGUCAGCAUCAACUCCACUCGUCUCACUCAACUUUGGACAUUAUUAGGCCCGCUUAGAUUGCUCCUUGUUUGAGCGCGCUAGUUAGCCUAGCAUGCUAGUUAGCUUAGCUUGUUAGCCGCUAACAAAGAGACGCGGAUUUGAUCAACACAUCGCUUAGUUAAGAUCAAGUGUGAGUGUAAAGUGUUGUGAUUGUGUGAAAAUGUGUGAAAGAACCAUAGCAGAGUACGAGGAGGAACUUUCUCGGACAAAAGAUGACAACAUGAGACUACGUCAACUACUGGAGGCUGUUUUCAAGAAACCUCAAGUUGUUUUACACAGAACAGCUGUCAAAGAGGCAGCUGUGACUUUCUUGACUCCUCCAUGGCUUCCCUCAGAGACACUGGCGGUCACCACACCCCUCCGACUUUCAGACCUCAAUGAAGCACAUCGUCCUCGUGAGCAGGAGGAGGAACCACAGUCCCCCCACAUACACGAUGAAGAAAAGGUACCACAUUCCCAACACAUCAAAGAGGGAGGAGAGGAGCCACAGCCCCCCCACAUUAAAGAGGAACAUGAGGCGCCACAGACCCAUAAUGUUAAACUGACCCUUCACAUUAAAGGGCAAGUGGAGGACCCACUGAUCUUACACAUCAAAAAGGAAGAGGAGGACCCACUGACCCCCUACUUUAAACAGGAAGAGGAGGACCAAGAGGCGCCGCACAUUAAAGAGGAAGAGGAGGAAGAGGGCAUCAGUCAGCCUAAAUGGUUGGAGGAGUUCCCAGUGACUGGUGUCCCUGUGAAGAGUGAAGAUGAUGAGGUGAAAGGUGAAAGUGAGGAGAGGGGAGGGGGGGAGCCUCCAAGCAGCAGCUCAACACAACACAUGACAACAGAAGCUGAUGGAGACCACUGUGGAGGAUCACAAGCAGACAAGCUCUUAGCUCCACUAUCAGAUAGUGAGGACACAACGUCACACUCUCCUGACACUGAUGAUGAAGACUCUAAAGAUGAUAAGACAUGUCACACUGACAACACUCACUUCACAUCUUCUCACUGUCACAAAACCUUUCAAUACCAUUGUCGUCUGAAAAGACACAUGAGAACACACACUGGAGAAAAACCUUUUUCUUGUUCACUCUGUAGUAAAGGUUUUACACAAAGUCACAAUUUGAAAGUACACAUGAGAACACACACUGGUGAAAAACAUUUUUCCUGUUCAACCUGUGGUAAAGGUUUUACACACAGUAGCAAAUUGAAAAGACACAUGAGAAUACACACUGGUGAAAAACCUUUUUCCUGUUCAAUCUGUAGUAAAGGUUUUACACGAAGUCAGAGUUUGAAAGAACACAUGAGAACACACACUGGUGAAAAACCUUUUUCCUGUUCAAACUGUGGUAGAGGUUUUACACGAAGUCAGAGUUUGAAAGAACACAUGAGAAUACACACUGGUGAAAAACCUUUUUCCUGUUCAAUCUGUGGUAAAGGUUUUACACAUACUAACAAAUGGAAAAGACACAUGAGAAUACACACUGAGGAAAAACCUUUUUCCUGUUCAACCUGUGGUAAAGGUUUUACACGAAGUCAGGGUUUGAAAGAACACAUGAGAAUACACACUGGUGAAAAACCUUUUUCCUGUUCAACCUGUGGUAAAGGUUUUACAGUAGGUCAGAGUUUGAAAGUACACAUGAGAACACACACUGGUGAAAAACCUUUUUCCUGUUCAACCUGUGGUAAAGGUUUUACACACAGUAGCAAAUUGAAAAGACACAUGAGAAUACACACUGGUGAAAAACCUUUUUCCUGUUCAAUCUGUAGUAAAGGUUUUACACGAAGUCAGAGUUUGAAAGAACACAUGAGAACACACACUGGUGAAAAACCUUUUUCCUGUUCAAACUGUGGUAGAGGUUUUACACGAAGUCAGAGUUUGAAAGAACACAUGAGAAUACACACUGGUGAAAAACCUUUUUCCUGUUCAAUCUGUGGUAAAGGUUUUACACAUACUAACAAAUGGAAAAGACACAUGAGAAUACACACUGAGGAAAAACCUUUUUCCUGUUCAACCUGUGGUAAAGGUUUUACACGAAGUCAGGGUUUGAAAGAACACAUGAGAAUACACACUGGUGAAAAACCUUUUUCCUGUUCAACCUGUGGUAAAGGUUUUACAGAAAGUCAGAGUUUGAAAGUACACAUGAGAACACACACUGGUGAAACACCUUUUUCCUGUUCAACCUGUGGUAAAGGUUUUACACACAGUAGCAAAUUGAAAAGACACAUGAGAAUACACACUGGUGAAAAACCUUUUUCCUGUUCAACCUGUGGUAAAGGUUUUACAGAAAGUCAGAGUUUGAAAGUACACAUGAGAACACACACUGGUGAAACACCUUUUUCCUGUUCAACCUGUGGUAAAGGUUUUACAGUAGGUCAGAGUUUGAAAGUACACAUGAGAACACACACUGGUGAAAAACCUUUUUCCUGUUCAACCUGUGGUAAAGGUUUUAGACACAGUCAGAGUUUGAAAGUACACAUGAGAACACACACUGGUGAAAAAUCACAUUCCUGUUCAAUCUGUGGUAAAGGUUUUACACAUACUAACAAAUGGAAAAGACACAUGAGAAUACACACUGAGGAAAAACCUUUUUCCUGUUCAACCUGUGGUAAAGGUUUUACAGAAAGUCAGAGUUUGAAAGUACACAUGAGAACACACACUGGUGAAACACCUUUUUCCUGUUCAACCUGUGGUAAAGGUUUUACAGUAGGUCAGAGUUUGAAAGUACACAUGAGAACACACACUGGUGAAAAACCUUUUUCCUGUUCAACCUGUGGUAAAGGUUUUAGACACAGUCAGAGUUUGAAAGUACACAUGAGAACACACACUGGUGAAAAAUCACAUUCCUGUUCAAUCUGCAACAGAAGCUUUAGUGAGCGAUCAACCCUUGUAAGACACAUGAGAAAACACCCAGGAGAGAAAGUGUUGAGUUGCAGUGUGUGUGGUGAAAGAUUGUCUUCUAAGUACCAGUGUAAGAAACACAAGUGUGCCGGUGAGAACAGCAGCAGCAAAUGAAACUGCAGGAUUUGAAAUAAACUGUCCAGACUUUCAUUUUGACUUUCUAACAACAUCAGCACAUAUAACAUGUGUGACAUUGUUGUUUGUCUAACAAUCUUUUUAAUAUGAUCUUUACAUUUAUAGAUUACAUAGUUUGAAAUAUAAAAGUAUUACAUAUUUGUACUUGUAAUUGUUGAUAACCCCAUAGAUUAUCACCUUUAUAUGAUAUACAUAUGUACUGGUUCACAUCUGAAACAUCUUCUGGACCACUUCAGGAAGCAUAUUAUUAUUUACUUUAUACAUCAUUUGAACAGUUGUCUUUUAUACAAUUUUAAAAUGUGUGACUUUAUGAAUCAUUUGUUGGGUCUCUGUAAUCCAUGUUAUUAAUAAUCUUCAUUACUCUCUUUUGUAAUAAGAUGAUUGUGUUGUGAUUAUUUUAUAUGUAUGUCCCCAGACCUUUAUGCAAUAUAAAAGUGAGAGAAAAUG